AUUUGCUUGUCUAGUUUCGGCUGGUGCUGGGUCGCUGUCGUCUGCUACUGCGGCGCGGCGGCGACGGGUUUUUCGAGAAAACGCGCGGCGAAGUCGAGUCGCGUGCAGCUCUGCGGUGCUACGUCGUGGCUCUGGGCUUCGCAAGCGGCAGCGUCGAUCUUCAACGCGCAGUGGUUCGGUGUCAGCGCAUCGUGCCUCGAGUGGAUACCUUUGCGUCGCUUCCUAUCCCAAGAAACUUAGUGUUCGGGUGUGCCUGUGCUUUGGUGGCGCCUUUAUUUUUUUUUUUUUUUCCUCGCGGGAGAGAAAUCGCCCAGCUGGCGUCUCUUUGCGUGGUGUGCUGCAAGCGGCGACGGGUGGUAGUGACCUUGGAGACGCGAGUACGGGUGACCGCGGAGUUCGACGACAGAGAAGAGUCGCCGCUUUGCUGGGCCGCGCCUGUGUACGCGUGCGCGGCUGCCGAGCGAUAAGCAGCGCGGUCCUUCUCCCCGCUGCACACGCGUUUGUAUUUUGCGCUCCCUCGCCGCCUUCUCCCCUCGAGAUUCUCUGAGGCCACCCGGUUGUGCGUGCCAGCAGUAGCUUCGGCCGCCGUCGGAUCCUGCCGGGGGAGCGCAAGCGGCAGUGUGGCGCGCGCUCGCGGUGUGGCGUCCAGUUUUCGGGAAGUCGUCAUCGCCGGCGGUGACGUCGCUCAGCUCUCCGGUCGAUGUUCUUUCUCUCCCCCUCGUCACGCCCGUCGCCUCUUCUCUGGAAUAUUCCCAGAGAUCCACAGUUCGGGAGCGCGUGCGAGUGAGUGACACCGCUCGCUGUGUCUAGGCUUCCGUUUUGCGUUGCGUCGUCUUCCACCGGACAGUGGUUACUCGUCGUCGCAGCCUCAUUGUGCGAGACUCACUCCUGCCAUUCUGUGCCCUGUUGUGCGUGACCCGUUUUUUUUUUCGGCGUCGGCCGCCGGGCGCCGCGGUCUUCUUGGUUUCGCCUGUGCCCGAGCGAGGGCGGUGGUGCUGUUGUGAUUGUGGUGUGCGUGUGUGUGUGUAACCGAUCGGCGUCUCGGAUUACGUCGCACAGCGCCGGUGCCAUCGCUUGUUGUCGUCGGUGUUUACUUUCUUCGUAAGCGGUCCUCAGCCUUUUCGCCGACUGAUGGUUUGCUGCGGCGUCUCGUCUGGUCAACUGGCCUGUGACCAUGGCCUGUAACGUGACGUCGUCCUGGGGAUACAACCAUUUUGACCCCUUGUGGAACAGCGGCGCAUCCAGCGUGGAGCGUGAUGCCCUUCGAGAGCGGGAGCGGCAGGCCCGCGCGCUUCGCGCGGGCGUGGGCGGAGGAGAGUCGGGAGGACAUCCCAUCUUCAGGGCCCCCGUCAAGGUGGAACCUGGCCAGGAAGAUGAGCUGACCCGACGGAUCAAGAACACCCUGGGUGACUUCAGCCAAGUGCAACGGCUCCUCUCGCAUGAUCCCAACCACCUGAUCGGCAUCUCGCGCACCAAUGCGGCCGCGCAGGCUCGGGCGCCACCUGCCGUUAGCAACCCCGUCAAUGGCAGCAGCAGCACGGCCUCCACGUGGAAUGGCAAUGCCACCGAUCCUGGAGGAACAAGAAAUAGCAGCAGCAAUAGCAGCAGCUCGGUGGCUAAGCAGCAACACCAUAGUAAUAGUGGCAGCAGCGGCAGUGGUGGUGGCAGCGGCAGCGCGCAUCCUGCUAGCCAGUCCAGCAGUAGCACUCAACAGCAGGGUUCCUCUCACCACAGCAGCUCAAGCCACCGCUCGCACCAUGGCAGCAGUCACCACUCUCACCACCACUCCCACCAUCACCACAAGAAGCAGCAGCCGCACCAGCCUCCGCCACUGAUGAAUGGCCAGUACAAGUCCUCGUCUUCCUCGUCGUCCUCAGCGGCCGGAAAGAGUAGCAGGCACUUGUCCCAGCCACCGCAGGGCUCUGGCCACCACCACCACCACCACCACCAAUCGAGGGGCGGCUCUCAUGAGCAAGGACGGCUAGAGGAUGCAACGUCAAAUCCUAAGGCGAACUCCUUGCCGGCUUCAAGUUUGGUCUCAAGUUCAGCCUCUACCACGAACCCAUCCUCAGCACCGUUGAGCCAGGGUCCUCCCAAUGGCCUUGUCGUUCGACCGCCUGCCAUGCGUGCACCCUCGAAGGAUGUGAACAAUGGAAACAGUUCAACCUCAGCACAGCACCAAUCAUCUACAAAUUCUUCAUCGUCACUCACUGUGCGCACAGAGAGCAAUGGCCCCGCGACAGGUAGCACCAAGUCGUCUUCGUUGCCACGAAGCUCUGCAGCUGACUCCAAACCCAAGCGGCCUCUGCCUCGGCUCCAAAUCUCAGCCCCUUCUUCAGAUAGCGGGCCUGGCAGCACACUUCCGGAACUGGAAAGCAUCCUUAAGGAAAUGAAGAAAGUUCCACCAGUGUUGACAGCCAUUGAGACCCCACGAAAGGAAGAAUGCCGGCCUUAUUUUCCUACAUCACCAGUGCAGGAUCCCGUGCCUAAUCACCUAGAUGAAAGUGGUGACUCAAAGCACCUUCUUGACCCUAGGAAAGUGGCCAGCCCUCCGGGCAGCAGUCUUCAGGAUGACCUGGAGAUGAGCGACAGCGACGAUGAGCAGGAGCCACCAUUCCGCAAGACGUCGUCCUCGCUCGGUUUCUCCAUAUCGAAGAACCCAUCUUCUCCAAAUGAAAGCAUCCUUCAGCCACCAUCUCUUGUUGAGAAGAUGUCGUCAUCGGAGUCAAGCUCCAGCGACUCUGAUGACUCCUCCUCUGCAUCAGGCUCGGGAAGUGACUCGGAAAGCUCCGACAGUGAAGGCUCUGCUCCAGAGACAAGCAGAGAGCCAAGCACCCAGAGCUGGAAGCUUGCUGACCUCAUUGAGAAGCGCAGCUCUCCUGCGGGUUUGGGAGCUGGCUUGGUGGCCCCCAUGGGUCGGCAAUCGCGAGCCGAGGAUUCCCUCGUGGAUGAGGACUCCUUCACGCCCAUCCUCUCCCAGUACCCGAACAGGGAUGCCGACCUCGGCCUCAUGCUCAAAAGUCCCAGCCCACAAGGCCUGGACCUGAUUCGCUCACCUGUCACGAAGCCAUCAAAUUUUCUUCUUUCCCCGGUGCACUCGAGCCCAUCUCGGAGUCCACCGCCCUUGACCAGCCAUGCACGGGCCGCUCCACGUAGUCCGUCACCCCAGGACCAUCAACCUGCUCCUCUGACAGCGAGUGUAACGGCCGCUUUGUCCGACGACGAAGGUCCCUGCCAGAUGCAGAAUGGCAGGAUAACCAUGAGGCUGGGCAAGCAGCAGCCGGCACAACCCAAGUCAGAACCCGAGCCCCCAGCUGCCAAGCAACAGCCAGAGCCAGUAAAACGGUCAUGGCCAUCCAAGGCUGCCAAGAAAGAGACUAGUCCCAGCCUGGCCCCACCCCCAAGGAACAAGACACCUGUCACCCCGGUCCUGCCUGCGAAGACUGAACCGGUGGAAGGCGAUGUCACGGCCAGGGAACCCACACCCGUUGGCAUUACUCCAGCAGUCAGUCGGACGACUUCAAAGCGGAGUCAUUCGGACCGCUACAACGAAAAACGUUCCAAAAUUCACAAGCCACGCUUAGUGCUGUCUGACUCGUCCAGUGAUGAUGAGGCACCGCCUCCUCCAUCGGCCGUGGGGCGGCUGUCAUCCAGCGAGGACAGCAGAGUUGAUCAACGAACUUCUGCCAUGGCUGCGUCAUCGCGUGUCCGGCCACCAAAGCCGUCCCGUGGUGAUUCUAAAGCGCACAAGGAUGAGCUAGUUGUACCCAAGAGGGAAGGGAUGGGCAUGCCAAGGACUCCUCCCGAACCUCCUUCACUGUUGUCUCCCAUUGGGCAGCGCAGUGGCAGUGAAGUUCGGGACAGUGCGCCUGCCACAGCUUCAUCGAAUAGCAUUGUUGUCUCCAUUGCCUUAAGCCGCCUCCUUCGGUUGCCCGGCCGGCUAGGGAGGCAGCAGCCGUCUCCAUCCCUCUCAAAAGAGCACCCGUUGGACCCAGGGCCAGCUGCGCUUAAUCAGAAGCCCGAUGGGCCAAAGCAUAACUUGGGUAGCAGUGCAGUGUCUUCCCCAGUGAAGGGCAAGCCAAGCUCGAAAAGGAAAAGUGUGCCGGACGAGGACAGGGGAAGCAGAGAGCAGGAAAAGAAGCGGAGGGUGUCAACUAGCUCCAGUGGCUCGUUACGAGUCAAGAGAGAGCCAGUUGAACUGCCACGGCCAGAUGAUGAAUCAGAGAGCCGUCAUGCGUGGCCAGAGCCUCUACGCUCGUGUGACAGCCCAAGCAGUUUGAGUUCAUACUCAAGUCAGCGGAGUGGCUCACGACAACACCGUGGGCGUCCCUCUUCAUCCAGCAGGAGUCGCUCUGAAAAAGGCUCAGCGUCUCGGAGAGAGACAACGCCUUCUAGUGAAAAGUCCAAGAGGCACCACAAUCACCACCGGGAGAAGAAAGAGUCAUCUGGCUCAAGAACCCGGUCCCACUUGGAUGGGGCGUCAUCGUCGAGCAAGUCUCGGGCCGCACCUGAUGAUCCAAGCUCCGACCCCAGUGCCAUGGCAGGCAGCACCGAUGUCGUUUCUUCUAGUCAGGUGAAUUCUUGGGAGGGGCUCCUGUCGAGCUCAGACCAGAGCGAAGUGCACGGGCACGAGACGCCCGGCAGCCGCAUGGGAUCGCUGGGCAGCGGGGGGAUGUCGUCGGCCAUGCCGGUUGGGACUGGAGGCCUUCUAACGGCGAAGAAGGAGGAGCCCGCCGACGGGCAUAGCCAGCGGGGCAACCCGUCCCAGCUCCUGUCGUACAACUCGCACCGGGAGUGGGAGUCAAAAAAUGGCAGCUCAGACUACUUUCUGUGUGAGGCCAAGCGGCUGAAACACGAGGCCGAUCGAGAAGUGCACCGCACAGCACAGGCGGUCAAGUAUUUAGAAGCGGUGCUCUACUUCAUCCUAACGGGCAAUGCCAUGGAGCACGGUCGUGCCGACCUUGACAAUGUGUACCGCAUGUACAAGGAAACACUCACUCUCAUCAAGCACAUCUCAUCAAAAUUUCAGAAGCUCCAGAAUGAUGCUUAUGGCAGCAUUGACAACAAGCUUGCCGUGCUUAGCCUACGGUGUCAAUCUUUAUUGUACAAAAAGCUGUAUGAGUUGCACAAAAAUGAUGUCCGUGAGAACAUGCGUGCCCUGACUGAGUUCCAAAAGUGCCCUUUGGGCAAGCUUGCCUCGCCACCACUGGCUCCAGCAGGCAUUCGUCUGCAGAGGUCCCCGUGCCAGCCGUCUCCACACUCGCCCACGCCUUCGCCUGCGGGUAGUGUGGGCUCCCAGAGCAGCGGCUACAGCAGCUGUGAGCUGGCCAGCAAUGGCCACGGGGGGAGCAGACAACAGCCGGCGACAACAGCCACUGUGGUGCCGGCCAUAGCCACAGCAGCAGCAGCGCCCCUGCCGGGUGCAGUAGCCCUACCGCAGUCCCAGUACCUGAUGCUGCAGCGCCAAUUGGCAAACCUGACGUGCCUGUACCGUUGCCACGAAUUGUGGGAGCAGGCCGACUCGCUCACCAGCCGCUCACACUCCAGAGAGUUUUUCGAGGAGCUUGACCGGGACUGUGGCAUACUGACACUGCACAGCUCGUGCUCAGAGCUGGUGAAGUACAUUCAGGAAGGCGUUUGCCGACUACGGCAGCGGUUCACCACCUGUUCCACGGACGGUUGCACCACGUGAUGGGGGCUGUCCCCUGCCGCUGCCACCUGUGUUGCCACCACCAGCACCGUGAGCUCGAUGCCGCACGAGGCACGGCUUCUGUGAACUGUGGCCGUCACGGGUGGCCCGGCAGAGGCGUUUCUCCUUCACCCAGUGCUGCUGUGCUGCAAUAUGUACACAUACACACGACGUGUUUUGUUUCCUUAUUUUUCUUCCCCCUGUUGUUGUUCUUUUAAUUAGGGCUCCUUCACAACCGUUUCUCAGCGCGGCACCUCAGUUUUUUUUUUUCUUGCAUUACGCCCCCUUUGGUGGCUUUAUUUUUCCUAUUUGUUUUAGAGUAUGUUCCGAGAGCUGUUUGUUCUUGUUGCUGCCAGUAACCAUUGUUGUUGUGGUUGACGUUUGUGUACAUAAAAAGUGGGUGUGUGGAAAGAUGGAGACAGGUGAAGGAGGCUGAGAGGAAAGGCGGAGUGGAGAGGGAAGGUGUACAUAGGAAGGUGACGAGGCAAGCAGUGUUUGUUGUUCCUCUCCACAGAUUGUGCUGUUACUUAGUCGUGUGUGCUGCCAUGCAACAGAAAAAAAAAAAGAAUGAAGCGCUGUGGGGUUGAGUGUCACAUGCACAGAAGCAGCAAACAACCACGGGUGAUAGUGCAGGAAGGCACGGGGAGGAAAGCCCAGGGAUGCAGCGCCACUCUUUGUCUAUAAGAAUUGUACAAAAAUCAUUGUCACGAUGCAAACCCCAUCAUGGCUCCCGCCAUGUUGGGACUUAAAGAGGCCUUUGUCUGUGCAAGAAAUUGUAAAGUGUCAUCAAAGCUCCUAUCCGCCUCUGUGAAUUCUUCAUUUCUAUGCCCCCCUCCUCCCCCCACUGUUGCGCGCACAGCAGGGAGCCACCUGUGCUCCGGUUUUGUUGGAAUAGCAGGAUGUUAAUUGUCCUGUCGUCACCAGCGUUCCCUGUUCUUUUGAAGAAGCUUGGGAAAGGCGCAAGAGACUCUCCUUUGUGAUUAAGGUGGCGCCAUUUUUUUUUUUCUUUUAAUAUAAUCGUGAGCAGAUCAAAUGUGCUCAGAACCCCGAGGCAGGCAGUUGUGUCCGGUAGCCGAGGUGGUCUCCCACUCCGAGUCUGUUCCAGAGCAUCCAGACUGCUCUAAAGUGUUGUGUUUCAAGAAUGUGCAAAGUGUCAAUGGGCCUUUGCCAAUCAGAGGGCAAAGUGAGAUUCUCCUCUCGGUUCAUUUCUCAUGGAACUCUCGAUUUUCUGCUUUUUUUUUUUCCUUCUUUUCAUAUCCCCGUUGUAAAUAACACGCGUUGGGGAUGCCUGUGCAAAGUGGAGGCCUGUGUGAAUUGCUGCGCUUAGCUACGCGAAACAUGGCUCUCUGGCACUUUUGUGUGGGACACAGCGGGCAGAUCAGGGACUUGGGCAAGGGCUGGGAGGGGGAGGCAUCUAUGCGAUCGCAGGGAUAGUUAUAUGUAUACACACACAUAUAUAUAUUUAUAUACAUGAAUUUUCUUUUUUAUGCUCUCGUGCAACUGCACUAGCAGCAAAGCACAAAGCCUUCGUUGUUUUUUUUUGUUUCGAUUGCUUUUCUUGCAGCUCUACUUUCCCUGUUUUAUUUAUUUCUCCCACCCCUUCUGCGCAGCAUUUGACCAGUCCUUCAUGCAGUUUAUUUAACAGAAUGCUAAGCAAGAAUUUGAUAGUCGGCCAGACAGUUCUUUUUAUUUAUUCAUAACACUCAUAUUGUAUGUUCUUUUUUUUUUUGCACUCGAACGUGAUAAAGAAAGUAAUAAAUAUUUUAUCAAAUGAAAUGUAAUGAAUUCUCUUUCUGUUGGGCUGCCAUUUUUUUAAUUCUUGUUAUGUUCCGUCUUAGGGCUUGUUUUUAUCUGCUUUUAAUGCACUUGUACUGCUCUCUCUCUCUCUCUCUCUACAUUUUUCUCGGGAGUUUGGGGUUUUGGAAGGAAUGGCCAAAUCGCUGCGAGGCAUUCUUCAGGGGGGUUUGCAAGCCUAUGCAAGUCGGAAAGUUUGCCUCCAUCAUCUGUCACGGACCUUGCAGCAACAGGGAUCAGAGCCGGCCUUGGAAAUGCCUUUGUCUUUUCACACCUUGCGGCCACCUGCCAGUUGAGCUUGUACCCACGGCUGAGUGAGGGAUGGAAGCCAGACACUUCAGCAGCUAUACUGCAACUUUGCUGCAGUGACAAAGUGCUUUAAGAUCACAGUAUUUUUAUUUCUUUUUUUCUUGGAAGUGCCAUAAUGUACCUUGUGCAGGAGGGAGGAAAUGGGGACAGACGACAGUGCAAAAACAAAAUAAUGUUGUCUGUGCAACAAGUGCAUGGAUUUUUAUUUUUUACUGUGCUGUUGACACUGGCACUUGGUAACUUGCCUUUCCCUUGUCUUUUUCCACGAUUAAGGCGCUUUACUCGAUGGUAGCAAUUUUGCAGAAAGCUUUUUGGAAUCUGCUCUCUGUGCAAGGGAAACUGGUUUCAGCAUUGCGGCACAUUACAGGAAAUGCAUUGCUUGAAAGUAGGGAACAGCAGAUCUUUGCCCCCGAGACGACUGUUCUCGAGUCUUAGACUACUGGCUGGACGAUAUUUAUAGCUGGCCUUUCCUCCUGCCUCGCAUUUUAUUUACAGAAGCAGCCAACGGAACAGAUGCAGUUGUAACUCUAAUAAUAUAUAGUAGCCACAGCUGUCGAAGGAUGAGCGAUAUUUAACAAGUUGUGAGCAGCUUGAUAUGCAAGUGUGCUGUUGCUAUUUUUUUACUGGCCCGUUGAUGAUGCGGGUGACUUUUUCAUGCUUGAUCGUGUUUCUGGUCGGUUGGAAGGAGUGGGGUGUAGGGUAGGGGGGCCGGAGGAGAGUGGCGUCAAGUAGAAGAGUUGCUUAUACCCGUUAGAAGUGCAUGCAUUGCAUACUGUGUUGAGUUAUGCCUCCAUGCAAUGAGUUUCUUCCAAAGGCUACUAGGAGAUCUGCUAUGACAGCUCUGCUGGAUAAGUUCACUUGUGUGUGUGUAUGCACAUUUUUUUUUUUUUUUCUCCCUCAAAAGGGUAGGCAUUCUUCGUGCACAUGUUCAGCAUAGCCUGCGCCUUGCCUGGGUAUGCUUCCUGUGGAAAAAAAAAAAAGAGUUGUGGUUGCACUUGUUCAACUGCAUUGUAGUUGUUUUAUAAAGCCCAUGAUACAUUGUGGUGCCUGUCUUUUGAUUGAGACGUUUCUAAUUUCCUUCCUUGCUGGGUAACUUUUGUUAAAGCCUAUCCCCGAGGGUGUAGUUUUGUUACCCUCCCCUUUUGCCCAGCCCUUCCCUUCUCCACGUCACCCAUAUACAUAUAUAUAUAUCUAAACUAUAUAAAUACAUAUAAAUAUAUAUAUAUAUCUCCAGAGAAUGGUUCUUUUUUGUUACUUUUGUGUUAUGAAUGCUGUACAUAAGUGUAAAUAUUUUUCCACGUUAGAGGAGUGUGCAAAAAUGUCAUAUGCCUCUUUGAGCCACGAGUAGUGGAGUCACGGUUUUUUCGGAGAGAAAUGAGAUGAAAAGGAUGUAUUUGCUUUCUUACAAAAGCUAUAAAAUAUAUGCAUUUGAAAGGUA